CCGACACCAGGCAACAGACGAAAAGUGUCCUUUGCUCGCAACGGUCGCACCUUGAAACGCGUACGGUAGUUAUAAACGUGGCUAAAAUUCAACUAGAAAUACAUAUACAUACAUAGAAAAUAUUGAAUUUUUGCAAAUUUUUUAAUCCCUUUUUAAGUAAAUAGCGAAAAAUAAAUCCUCAAUUGUUUGCCUGUUUGUAUAUAAUAUAAUAAAUUGUUGAUAUAAAAAGUGCAUAAAAUAUUUGAAAAAUGUUUUCCAAAAUGUUUGUGAAAUUUAAAACGAAAUGAUAUGAAAUUUACAUUUCAACGGAUUUCCAGUUCGCUAGAAUCCGUUCAAAAUAUUGCAAUUUACUGGCAGUAGAAGUGCAGUAACAACGACGAUAGCGUGUAGCUAAAAAUUAAAUUUAAGAGUAACCCCAAAUGCCCGAAGCUCUGACACUGCCCGGCAUGGCUGAUGCGGAGCCAGAUUUGUCAACGUUCGAGAACAAGACCGGCCUAGCCGAGGAUAUGAAAUUUCUGGCGUCGAUGCCAGAGUUGUGUGAUGUGACAUUUUUAGUUGGAGAUACGCGCGAACCAGUAUGUGCGGUUAAGGCUGUUUUGGCAUCACGUUCGCGUGUCUUCGCCAAAAUGUUGUACUCGGCGCCAUCGCCGCAACGUAAACGUGAAGCGUCGACCAAAGAGAAUAAAUUGCGGCUUUUCCUUAAGCGCUCAUCGGAGCCACUGUUGAAUCUACAAAAUGCGGCACAACAGAGGAGUGGUUUUACCCAACAAUUAGCUCCGAUACCUGAGCCGGCUGGGCAGCAACAUCAAACGCUGAUUAUUGAAGAGUUUGAACCGGAUGUUUUCAGGCAACUGAUAGAGUACAUACACACCGGUUGUGUGACAUUGCAGCCGAGAACACUUUUGGGUGUCAUGAACGCAGCAGAUUACUAUGGUUUGGAGGAAUUGCGACGCGCUUGUGCUGGCUUCGUGCAAUGUUGCAUCAAUGUGGACACGGUCUGCGCGUUGCUCGCCUCUGCGGAACGUUACAUCCAAUACAAGUGCACUAAAAGUCUCGUACAAAAAGUGUUGGAGUUUGUGGACGAGCAUGGUAAUGAGGUACUUAAUUUGGGCAGCUUUACGUUGCUGCCACAGCACGUGGUACGUCUGAUAUUGGCGCGUGAGGAGUUACGUGCCGACGAGUUUACCAAAUUCCAGGCGGCGCUUAUGUGGAGUAAAAAAUACUUCGACAACAAUCCGAACAUUGAUAUGAAGGAGAUUUUGGGCAACUUUCUGGAGUACAUUCAGUUCCACAAGAUUCCGGCGAAUGUACUGAUGCGUGAGAUUCAUCCACUUGGUUUGGUGCCAUAUUCGAUCAUUAUGAACGCUUUGGCUUAUCAGGCAGACCCAGAAAGCAUCGACCCCGGAAAGCUGUCUCCCAACUCUAGUCGCUCGCACGGCCGUCAUAAGCACCAUCAAUCAUUACCGAAAAUUCGCAAAGCCAAAUCUCAGAGUUUCCGCACCCGACGCAGUCCAUCGGAGCGUCGCAGUCCGAAUGCCGCACCCAUAUUUGGUCAAGCGGCAAAUCUGACAUUAAACACCGCCCAAUUGGCGGCCAAUGAUAAGAAACGUAGUCCACUUACACCGAAGAGUCCCAUACUACCACAACCUGAAUCGAAAAGCCCGGGUAGUACUUCACAGAAAACGCCCACAACAUUAUCUCGACAGGGCACGUUACGUGCUUCACAUCGCCGCAAGAACAGUAUGACUGGAUCACUAGUGUUGGUCCAAGGUCGUCGCAGUCCAGUGGGUUUUAAUGAUAGGAGCCCGCAAGGACGCCGCAGCCCAUUGAUUAUGUCCAGUGAUCGUCUCAAGUCUCCGAAUGAAUUGCCUGUACAGCAAAUGUUCGGUUUGGGGUUGCAUAGUCCGACCGCGCGUAGUCCAACUGGGGGUGCACGCAGCCCUACGCUGAGUAUGCAUACACAGGAGCGACGCUCGCCCAUCGGUGCCGCAGCACCUAUAGAAUUUGGUCAACCACGUCGCAGUCCCACUUCAACGGUGCAUGUGCAGGAUGCACACUACGAUGAGGGGGAGCCAGAUGAGAAUGGCGUAGUGCGAUCAAGUAGUGGCAUAAAGCGUCCAUCAAUCAAUCUCUUCACGCCCAUUUACUUUAGUGGCGAUAAACGUAGUCCGCUAACAACUAUGCCUAUUCCACCAAUCACUGUCUCUAACCCUACGGAAACUGGCAGAUUAGCUGAGAAGAUUGCAGAGUCGAAUGCAGCGGCCGAAGCGGCACGAGAAUUGGAAAGGCAACGCGAAGAACAAGAGAGACAAGAAGCUGCAGCCGCAGCUAAAGAAUCAACACCUGAGAAAAAGGAACGCACGAGUGUUAUGAAGGAAAUACUCGCUUUUGUGCGUAAACCAUCUAAGCACAUUUCUACGCGUACAAAUCGUUUCGCUAAUGCUUUUACUCGUGCCGAGUCGGGCUCGUCAUCAGGACCACUUAUUAGGCAGAGUACUUUCUCGGCCAGUCCGGCCGCUUCAUCAACUGCUGCGAAAAGUGCGGUCGUAAAACAAAUGUCCGAAGUUGCAUUCGAACCGAAGAUGUCAUUGAAAUUCGCACACUAUGCAAAAAUGUCACUAAAACUACGUCGAUCUGCCAACGACGAUAAGGCGAAGCAAGCAGCUGCAGCCAGCACAUCGAAGCGCGCCAGUGCCGACUCAAAUUUCAGCAGUAGCGGCUUGGAUCCAAAUGAUGCACAGGUAGGUCGCGCCGGUGGCAGUCUCGGCGGUGGUGCCGGCUCUGGACGUGCAUCACCGCUCGGCGAACUGCCAUUCGAGUUGGCGAAUGUGCAUUUCGAAAAGGUCGGUGAGUCGUAUAUUAAGCACGAGAAGAUACACGAAGAGGAGUUCGUGGACGAAGCCGGCACCACAACCGAUACAAUCGUCACCAGUUUAGUAGAGGAGAUCACAAAUUCGCUUAAAGUAGUCUCGUUGUCAAAUGAGAACGCACAAAUAACACAUCAUUUCCAGCGUCGUUCCGAAAGUCGUGAGCCAAUUGAGCCGCGUAUAAGCGAAGAACGGGAAUCCGAUUCGAAUGAUCUUGUAAUUCCGGAAGAUUUCCGAACUGAGCUAACCGAAAUUUUAAAGUCCUAUGCAUCAGAACCAAUAUACGUGAAUUUGCAAGUGUUGCGCCGUGAAACUGAAGAGGCUGAGGCUGCAGCAGCCCAAGCCUUAGCUAAAGCAACCGAAACAAGUAUAGCGGCUGAAAAGUCACCAUUGCAAUGUCCUAUUAUUGAAUUUGAACCGCCUUCACGGCGUUCUUCAUUCGAUCCACCACGAUCGCCAUUUUUAGAAAAUUUGCGUAGUCCCGGUGCUGAUACCGAUAAUGAUCUGAUCAAUUUGCAACGUCUAGAUUCCGGUGGUGAUAGUUUUGAAAUGGUUGAAGGUGAUCGUAAAUCAAGUCGUGCCGAGUCAAGUUUCGAUUGUCCCUAUUCGUCACGUGACACCAGUUUUGACAUUUCCCGCUACCAAUCCACAAGUUAUGAGGAUCAAACUUCAAGUUUUGAAAUUGUCGACAUGGAUGAUAAAAAGAAAUCUAAUAUCGACUUGCGUAAGUCCUCCAUUGAACUAGUUGAUGCGGAGACAUUCCAACGCAGCGGUUAUUCCUGUGGACGCAAGUCCUCGUUAGAAACCCACUUUGAUUAUACACCCUCCGAUGCGAGUGGCAUGACACCCGCACGCUCGCCCAAUUUCCCAGUGAAUAAAAAGCAAAAACCCGAAACUCUGCGUGCGCUCCGCAUUUCACCCUUCAGUGCCUUCUCACGUGCUCGUAGCCCACUCUCCAAUCAGACCUCCUCAAACUACAGUUCACGUGACAGUUACGAUUCAAGUUCCUCUUAUCCACACUCAGCGCCUGUUCACCAUGAGCCGCAGCGCAGUCCCUUCGCCGAUCCGACGAAAAAACAUUUUCCGCUCACUAUCAAGCAACGCGAAGAGGAAGUUAAGACAUUUCUUUGUACUGAUCAGCGUUGCGCCUCGAUAUUUGAGCCGCGUCCCAGUUCGGUGUUGACGCAACAACUCUCCACUGGUUCGAUGUCCACACCAUCGGGUUAUGGCAAUGGUACUCCCUGUCCGGUGGUGGGUGGUGUAGCGCCCGGUUUUUCAAGCGGCAGUGAAUUUGAGCCGCCAUCACCACGUCGUGCGGCUAGCGCAUCCCCCAAACAUACCUUUACUUUUCGCAUAGUCAUGAAGAAGGUCGAUAGCUCGCCGGAAGCUUUGUGCACUGAACGACAUCGCAGUCGUAUAUUCGAUAGGUAUCGGCGUAGAGAUAGCCGACGCAAGAGAAUACAUGACGCAGGUAAGAGUUUUUAAAUUUAUUAGAAGAAGGUAGACUAAUAAAAGAGGAGACACUGCUUUAUUCUGACCUUGGAUCGGUACAAAAUGAUAGACUUAUACAUAGAAUUAGGUCUUAGUCGAGGUUUAUAAAUCUGAUAAAUCAUAAAGGUCAAGCAACAAGUAGAAAGUAAGUGCGGGUGCUCUGCUAUUACCUUUAUUAACAAAGAGGAACAAAGAAAAUAUAUAUAGCUAAGGGCAGAUAGGGAGUGGGAUAAACGUCAUUGUUUGAUAAAUCGAGCAACCUGAGAAAUGACAAUGGACGAGAGUGAAUGAUUGCCCAUAAAAUAAGGAGCUUGAGACAUUUUGGAAAGUAUCUAGAAUGUUCGAAAUGUUUAAGCGUCGAUUUGAAGUUGGAUGCAAAGCAGGAGAAUAAAUAUGAGAUAAUUAUUAAAGCUUCUUAAAGUUGAGACAAAAAGAAGGACAGAAAUUAAAUUUGAUGCUGUGUAACUAGUACUUGAGUCGUGGAAAAUUCAACUACUUACCGGAAAAUAAACAGUAGAGGGAUAAAAAGAGAUUUAUCCAAAAUGACAAAACUGUUUUACUACAUACAUACUUAUGUGUGUAAGAGUCGAAGAUGAACGGUAUUGCCAAACAACCACAGUACAGGGACUAUUUAGUAAAUAGUUAAAUGCAACGCUGCAACUGAAUUCUAAAUUUAAAACUCAGCAUGAAUGUAUGUAGUUUAUAAACUAGUAUGAAAUUUACUUAGAAACUGUUAACUAGUUGUAUGAAAUAUGGGAGCAAAAGAGAGAGUUUUUGGUAAUGAGUACAAAAGAGAAAAUAAAAGAGCAAACAGUAGAGAGAAGAACUAGUGAUGGAGGAGAGCCAAAACGCAUUAGAAAUCAUUAGGGUAUGAUUUUAACUAAGAAAUUCUGUUUUUGUACUUAAAAGAAAUUAAUUUUUUUCAGAACUAGAACUGAAGAAUCCAGUAAAAUAGUAAAUGUGAAAUACAAAAAAUAUACAAAUGUACAAUUUUUAAAACAUAUGUAUUGGAUAUGUAUUCCUGAAAGUUUUUGAAUUUCACUAAAUAGUAAAACCGUUAUCAAACUAGAGUAUUUAUAGCGUAUAAAGAAAUCAAUAAAAAAAAAACAUUUUACUAAUAAUCCAUAUGCGAUUAACCCACUGUUCCAAACCCAGUCUUAUGAAUACAAUCGUUAUAUAUGUAAUGACGAACAAUAAUCUUAAAGAAGAAACACGUAUUGUGUAAAGUUUAACGGUACAACACUUGCAAUGAGUCAUAAUAUGUAAUUAAUAUGUAUAUGUAAAUGUAAAGUGAAAAUAAACCUUUUGUGUCAGCCAUUUUGUGCAUUUCAAUAGUAUAAAAAAACACAUUUUGAGAAAUAAAUAUGUAACAUUUAAAAAAUAACACUGAUGAGUACUAAAUAUAAAAUAUUUAGAAUUACAAAUUCAAUAAUAUUUCAUUAAUUCCAAUAAAACAACAAACAUACCUACAUACACACAAAAUUUAAAAGAAAAAGUAUUUAAUGAAUAAACUUUGGACAAUCUUAAUGUUACUUGUAUAGGAAAUCGUAAAAAUUGCAAUGCAUACAUGAAUAUUUUCACGCAUAUAAUAAUUACAAAAUAUUAAACAAAAAAUUAAUGAAUUUUUAUUACAAUCAAAUUUACCCUACUAUACAUGAAAUGGUUCUGAUUCUUAGGCUAUUUCGAAAUGUUUCAAAUAAAUAGUCACACAACAAUAAAUGCAACUUAAAAAAAUAAUUGAAGUGAAGAUUACUUAAAUGUAGUAAAUUUACAUACGGACAUUCAUAUAUACAUAUAAAUAUAAAUAUUUCAAAAGUUCGCUUAAAAAACAAAUAACUGUUAAGCAAAACAUUUAUGCUCACUCAAAUCAAACGUUUUCAAAAUAAACCCCGUUAUGUGUAUACAAUUUUUGACUUUUAAAAUGGCUGUUAAGUGGUAAUUGAAUUAAUUAAAUGGUAAGCUUAAAUAUAUACAGACAUAAAAAUGCAUAAAAAGAUAAGAUACAUAUAUAACAAAAACAUAUAAAAAAUUUAGUUAUCUAAAUUCAAAAAUUAAUGAAGUUUUUAAAUAGCUUGCACAAGGCUGCAGAGCUUAUAUAAAACUUACGAUUUGAUAAUUUUGACAAGCUUUCACAAAGCUGCGGAGCUUGCACAAUCUCAAUGAGCUUUCAGAAAGCUUAUGCUAAUAUUAUUAUUAAACUAUGCAAAUCUGAAGUAGUGAAUAUUUUUGAGAUUGCACAAAAAAAUAUUAAAAAGUAAAAAGUGACUUUAGAGCUUUACAAAAAG